CCCUACUCCGCCUCUCGGGAUCCUUUAAGAGGCGGGGCUUGGCUGCCAGCAACGCGCCCGGGCAAAAGGCUGGGACUUUACUCCGGGUGGCGGCGAGGACGAGUCUGUGCUCCAUCAGCUGCCGCACCCGCCGCCUCCCGCCCGCAAACCCCAUCCCCGCGGUUGAGCCACGAUGAGCGGCAGAGUCGGCGAUCUGAGCCCCAAGCAGAAGGAGGCAUUGGCCAAGUUUCGGGAGAAUGUCCAGGAUGUGCUGCCAGCCCUGCCGAAUCCCGAUGACUAUUUUCUCCUGCGUUGGCUCCGAGCGAGAAGCUUCGACCUGCAGAAGUCGGAGGCCAUGCUCCGGAAGCAUGUGGAGUUCCGAAAGCAAAAGGACAUUGACAACAUCAUUAGCUGGCAGCCUCCAGAGGUGAUCCAACAGUAUCUGUCAGGGGGUAUGUGUGGCUAUGACCUGGAUGGCUGCCCAGUCUGGUACGACAUAAUUGGACCUCUGGAUGCCAAGGGUCUGCUGUUCUCAGCCUCCAAACAGGACCUGCUCAGGACCAAGAUGCGGGAGUGUGAGCUGCUUCUGCAGGAGUGUGCCCGCCAGACCACAAAGUUAGGGAAGAAGGUGGAGACCAUCACCAUAAUUUAUGACUGCGAGGGGCUUGGCCUCAAGCAUCUCUGGAAGCCUGCUGUGGAGGCCUAUGGAGAGUUCCUCUGCAUGUUUGAGGAAAAUUAUCCCGAAACACUGAAGCGUCUUUUUGUUGUUAAAGCCCCCAAACUGUUUCCUGUGGCCUAUAACCUCAUCAAACCCUUCCUGAGUGAGGACACUCGUAAGAAGAUCAUGGUCCUGGGAGCAAAUUGGAAGGAGGUUUUACUGAAACAUAUCAGCCCUGACCAGGUGCCUGUGGAGUAUGGGGGCACCAUGACUGACCCUGAUGGAAACCCCAAGUGCAAAUCCAAGAUCAACUAUGGGGGUGAUAUCCCCAAGAAGUAUUAUGUGCAAGACCAGGUGAAACAGCAGUAUGAACACAGCGUGCAGAUUUCCCGUGGCUCCUCCCACCAAGUGGAGUAUGAGAUCCUCUUCCCUGGCUGUGUCCUCAGGUGGCAGUUUAUGUCAGAUGGAGCGGAUGUUGGUUUUGGGAUUUUCCUGAAGACCAAGAUGGGGGAGAGGCAGCGGGCAGGGGAGAUGACAGAGGUGCUGCCCAACCAGAGGUACAACUCCCACCUGGUCCCUGAAGAUGGGACCCUCACCUGCAGUGAUCCUGGCAUCUAUGUCCUGCGGUUUGACAACACCUACAGCUUCAUUCAUGCCAAGAAGGUCAAUUUCACUGUGGAGGUCCUGCUUCCAGACAAAGCCUCAGAAGAGAAGAUGAAACAGCUGGGGGCAGGCACCCCGAAAUAACACCUUCUCCUACAGCAGGCCUGGCCCCCUCAGUGUCUCCCUGUCAAUUUCUACCCUUGUAGCAGUCAUUUUCGCACAACCCUGAAGCCCAAAGAAACUGGGCUGGAGGACAGACCUCAGGAGCUUUCAUUUCAGUUAGGCAGAGGAAGAGUGACUGGAGUGGGUCUCCUUGUCUCUCAAAUACCUAAGGAGUCCCCAGGAGCUGGCUGGCCAUCGUGAUAGGAUCUGUCUGUCCUGUAAAGUGUGCCAACUUCACCUGUCCAGGGACAGCGAAGCUGGGGGCGGGGGGGCGGGUAGCAGGGAAAAAAAUUAGAAAAGAGUGAAAGAUUGGGACUUAACACUUCAGGGAAGUCAGCUGCCGGGGAGAAACUUGCUCCUAAAUGAACAUGUAAGUUUAGAUCGCAAUGAAGAGUAGCAGGGUAGCUGGUUGCUAGAGUUACGCUGGGGAUCAGAAACUUCCAAACUUUUUAGCACUGAGGCUGGGGUAGCUUUUGGCUUUUCCAAGGUCUCAGGAGGUGGCCUGAGUCAGCACACGUCUUCCCACUCGGGUAGACAGGCUGGUCUCUCCCUCACUUUGAGACUUUGGCAACUCCUGGGCCAUACAGCCUGCCUCUUUGAUUACUAAUGAUUGUCACUGACUCAGAGCCUCCUGGGACUUCGGGUACCCACCUGCUGUUCUCCAUGCAAACAAAGCGCAAGGGAAAUGACCCCCAGGGAUCACAGCUGCAGGGAGGGCCAGGGAGGUUGGGGGUGGGAGUGAAUGCUAAAAGCAGAUCGUCCAGUGUCCUUUCAGUGCUACCAGCCUCUCACCAAGCAGUCCUCCAUGUGAGCAACCCCGAGACAAAAAUGCUAAGUGGGAUCAAGAGAGCAGCACUGGGAGAGGGUGUUUGCCAGUCUGAGUGUUCCGCGGUGCCCGCCAACCCGCUUCCUGACUGGCCUGAGCAAGCUCUUACCAAGCAGUUCCAUUUCUGUGGGAGGCAUGCAACGCGUGCAGGGAGUUCAGGUGCCGGUCGGCGUGGCCAGGCCUGGAGGCCCCCUAGGCAGGAGGCCGCCCAAAGGCGGGGCCGGCGUCUCGCAGACCAGGGGCUGGGGACGGCCACAGACGGCCUCGAAACCACAGCCCUUACCCCAAUCCCACGAGCCCCGCCAACGAACCACAGGUGCUGGGCUGCACAGAACAUGGGAAGGCGGCCCCAGACCUGGCGGGCACGCCUUUCCCUUAGAGCCAGGCCCCGGCCCCGCCUGGGACGCUCAUCUUGCGAAGCUGAGGGAGCUCGGGGCAAAGGCCGGGCUAGAGCGGACCGGAAGGGGCCGAGGCUGCACGGGCCUCUGCCAGAACGCUCAGGACAUCCCGGCCUGCGUUUACAACGCUGUUAGGAAAAUUAACCAAUAAAUAAAGCAACGUUCAGUGCGCAGGGAGUGAAAUUCAAUGCCCACCGCUUGGCUCCGCGCUGCCUCUCACUCAAGAGGCCCAAACUUAGACGGCCUCAGAGACCCAACAGCCUUUUCACGCCAAUAGGUAGGGCGCAUGCGCAGAAAGCCUCUUCGGCUCGCUAGCGUGAGCUUUCCCAAGGGGCCACGUCCAGCUUGCCUUCUGAUUGGCCCAGCUGGUGGGUUGUCUUCCGCCAUCUUUGAUCAGGGCACUAAGGAUGCUCCUGAUCGCCUUCACAGUGAGGGCGGAGGCCCUGCCCCGCCAGCUGAUCAGUACGUGCAGCGCAGCCUGUGCGAACCAAGUGUGAGUCUGGGCGAGCGCCUGCGGAGCUAGCAUUGGGCCCAGAGUGAGAGGGAGGUGGAGGAGCAGCGAUCACGUGGUUUUAGGGACUGUCUAAUAAUUCCACGCCAGCAUUGCCGGUGUUUCAGGGGCAGGAGACCGCUGCGUUCCCCACCAACUUUUCUCCCACGAACCACCCUCCCCAACCUACAAGCCCAGCUCCGCUUGAGGUAACUGCUGACGGGACUGUCCUAUACAGCCCUACAAGACAGAAGCGCCUAGGGCUGAAAGCGGGGGCCUCAGUAGGGAGCCAGCCGGGGCCUCAAUAGGGAGCCAGUGUUACUCAUUUUCCCUACCUUUGAUGAAAAUAAGAGCUAAUUCUUAAUGAGGCCUACCGGGUAUCACGCAAAAACCCUGUGCUUACUAUUAUACUUUGGGUUGUUGCAAAGAUUAAAGGAAAUAAGCCGUGCAAAGCGCUUAAGA